AUGGCCAGCAAGGACUCUGAGAUCAUCGCCGUCCUUGAGAAGGAUCCUGGUCUCGUCGAACAUCGCUCGCCGUCUGGCUCCGUGGUAGACCAAGAUGACGAGCUGCUCGCAGACAAUGUCAGAGUGGCCGCCGAGCGAAAGCUUGUGCGCACCUUGGACUCAAGGCUGAUGCCCACCAUCAUCGUCAUUUUCAUAAUGAAUUACAUCGACCGCGUCGCCAUUACUUCUGCCAAAUUGCAAGGUCUGACACAGGACUUGCACUUGACAAGCAUCCAAUAUUCGACUGUUAUUGCUAUUCUAUAUGUGUCCUACUGCCCGGCGCAAAUCCCUUCCAACAUGAUCCUCAACCGAAUUUCCAGGCCAUCAUACUAUAUUCCAGGCUGUGUGAUGCUCUGGGGCCUCGUGAGCAUGUUGUCUGGGGUAACGCAUAAUUAUGCCCAACUGUUAGUUUGCCGAGUCUUCAUCGGCCUCCCGGAAGCGGCAUUCUAUCCUGGAGCCAUGUAUCUCCUCUCCCGCUGGUAUACUCGGAAGGAACUGUCUCUCCGGGGUGCCAUCAUCUACGGUGGGUUGUUGAUUUCGAAUGCCUUCGGAAGUCUUAUGGCAGCGGGUAUUCUAUCGGGCAUGCAAGGCAAACGCGGUAUCGCAGCUUGGAGAUGGCUGUUUUAUAUCGAGGGCGCCAUAUCUAUUUGCGUUGGUAUCAUUGCGAUAUUCCUUCUACCAGACUAUCCUCACAACACUCGUUGGUUGUCGCCUGCGCAAUUAAGAUUGGCCCGUGUGCGUCUCGCAGAGGACGCUGGGGAGGCAGAUGAAGACGCUUCCACCGACUCAGCGUUCUCUGGGUUGAUGCUGGCAUUGAAAGACCCAAAGGUCCCCCUCAUGGCAUUCAUGAAUUGCUCCCAGCUACUUGGACUCGGGUUUAUCAAUUUCUUCCCAACCAUCGCAGCCACUCUGGGGUUCUCCACCACCAUCACCUUGUUGCUCACUGCGCCUCCGUGGAUCCUUGCAACGAUCGUAUGCUGCGUCAACUCGUGGCACGCAGACAAAAGCGGGGAGCGCUUCUUCCACCAAAGUUGGCCGUGGUGGGGCGUGAUCAUCGGAUACAUCAUUGGGGUCUCAACGAUGUCAACUGGUGGCCGCUAUGUUGCAAUGUUCCUGAUGGCAUGCGGAUAUGCAGGAUUCGCCUUGACAAUUGUCUGGGUAUCCAAUGCCGUUCCUCGGCCUCCAGCAAAGCGUUCCGCCGCGAUCGGUAUUGUCAACGGCUUUGGGAACUUGGGGAACCUGAUCGCAUCAUAUACAUGGGAGGCACAAUGGAGCCCAAACUACCAUCAGUCGAUGUACAUCGGACUUUCGGCGCUCGUUCUGAGCUCGGCCCUGGCGGUUGUUGUUCGCUGCAUGCUCAUUGCGCAAAACAAACAACUUGACCGCGACGAACUUGAGAAUCUCCAGGCCGGAAAGCGCGAGCGUAUCGAGGAGGCUGCAAGGCUAGAAGGUCUGACUUUCGAGGAGGCGCUGCGGCGCCGGAAGGGAUUCAGGUAUUUGUAUUAA